CGGGCCCGCCGACCGGCAGGGACGUCAGGGCGGCGGGCUCGCGGCGGCUGCUGCGGCGGCGGCUCCCCUCGGCGGUGGCUCCCCUCGGUGGCGACGGGCGGCGCGGGCGAGACUGGCCGUGCUGGCCACGGAAUGAGGAAGCGGACCGAGCCCGUCGCCCUGGAGCAUGAACGCCGUACCGCCUCGGGCUCGCCCUCCGCCGGCCCGGCCGCCGCGGCGCUGGACGCCGACUGCCGCCUGAAGCAGAACCUGUGCCUGGCGGGCCCUGGGCCGGCCGAGCCGCGCUGCGCCGCGGACGCGGGCAUGAAGCGGGCGCUGGGCAGGCGAAAGGGCCUGUGCUUCCGACUGAGGAAGAUACUCUUCUUUGUCCUGGGAUUGUAUGUGGCCAUUCCGUUUCUCAUCAAACUAUGUCCUGGGAUACAGGCUAAACUGAUUUUCUUGAAUUUUGUGCGGGUUCCCUAUUUCAUUGAUUUGAAAAGACCACAGGAUCAAGGUUUGAAUCACACCUGUAAUUACUACCUCCAGCCAGAGGAAGACGUAACCAUUGGAGUCUGGCACACGGUCCCCACUGUCUGGUGGAAGAAUGCCCAGGGGAAGGACCAGAUGUGGUACGAGGAUGCCCUGUCUUCCAGCCACCCGAUCAUCCUGUACCUGCAUGGGAACGCGGGCACCAGAGGCGGCGACCACCGGGUGGAGCUUUACAAGGUGCUGAGUUCCCUCGGCUACCACGUGGUCACCUUUGACUACAGAGGUUGGGGUGACUCAGUAGGAACGCCGUCGGAGCGGGGCAUGACGUAUGAUGCACUCCAUGUUUUUGACUGGAUCAAAGUGCGAAGUGGAGACAACCCCGUGUAUAUUUGGGGCCAUUCUCUCGGCACCGGAGUGGCCACAAACCUGGUGCGGCGCCUCUGUGAGCGAGAGACUCCUCCAGAUGCCCUCAUCUUGGAAUCUCCAUUCACUAAUAUCCGUGAAGAAGCCAAGAGCCAUCCGUUCUCAGUGAUCUAUCGAUAUUUCCCUGGGUUUGACUGGUUCUUCCUUGAUCCCAUCACAAGCAGUGGAAUUCAGUUUGCAAAUGAUGAAAAUGUGAAGCACAUCUCCUGCUCCCUGCUCAUCCUGCAUGCCGAGGACGACCCGGUCGUGCCCUUCCAGCUCGGCAGAAAGGUGGGCGUCGGGCAGACUCGUGUUCAGGCCAGACAGCUCUACAACAUCGCCGCGCCGUCACGCAGCUUCCGGGACUUUAAGGUUCAGUUCAUCCCCUUCCACUCGGACCUCGGCUACAGACACAAGUACAUCUACAAGAGCCCCGAGCUCCCGCGGAUCCUGAGGGAGUUCCUGGGGAAGUCGGAACCGGGACGCCAGCACUGAGUUGCUCGCCGCCCGGGAGCAUGAAGGCCUCUGCCCUCGUCCCCCUUUCCUCCUGCCAGCCCGGCCCCCCGGAGAUGCGCCUGGAGAGGGAACACGGAUUCCAGGGGAGGCCCUGGCAGACCUGUGGCACCGCCCUGGGUGGCGGGGAGCAGGGGGUCUCUGUGGACCACACGGAGGCGGCAUGUGGCCCUCUCCACCUCGUGCUGCCCCUCAACCCGAGGGCUUGUUGGGAAGACAGUGACAGAACUUUCUGGCUAUCGGCUAGUCAAUCCCAUACCUCCUGAGCCAGGCAUGGGGAGCCUGGGACAGGAGGUGAGGGGUCUUGGGACCACGCUGAGCUUUCUGGCACCACCCUUGAGAAUGUGGGCGAACGUGGGUUCUUUCUGUUCCCCCCAGAUGGACGCUCAUGGCUCCACCAGCCCCUCCUGCCCUGCCCACCCUGCUUGCCUUCCUCGGUGUCCCUGCCUCCCUGGGCUGCCCCGCUGCUCCCCACCGGGGAGGGGCCGGUGAUCUGCCUUCCUCUGAUGUCCACCCACUUGUCUGCCUAACCAGACCUUAGACUGAGCAUUUAUUUAAGAAUAAAAUCGUGGUGGUGGUC